AUUCACAAGCUGGAAAAGKACGUGAUUUAGACAUGUCAGAUGAUGAGUCAUAUAAUGAUAAUGCGAGUGUAAUCAGUAAUGUAUCUUGUAGCACAUCAAAUGAAGAACGUUCCUGUGUUGCAAUUGAUGAAGCUGAUGAGACUCAGAAUGAUGCAUUUGAAGAGAAAUUAAGUGACGCUAUUGAUAGUUUAUCACAGAAGUCUGCGCAAGGACGUACAUUAAGUUUUGAAGCUGUUUGUAACAUAUUUUGCAAGAAAUAUAUACCCGAUUAUAUUUUAAAUAGGCGUAUGACAAUUACUGAUUCCAUUGAACGCGCCCUUAAAAAAGGUGGUGAUAAUGAGAAAGCUGCAGCAGCCAAUUUAGCUAGUUUAUUGUGUAUACAAUUAGGUGCAUUGGACUUUGUAGAAAAUCCAUGUCAAGAACUGUUACCUACUCUAAUGUUUGUUCUUAAUGAUGAAUCUGUUCCUUUAUUGGCCCGAGAAAAAUGUUGUUUGGCCAUAACAUUACUAACUUUUAUUAGUUGUAAUGAAGAAAUUGAUGCAGCUAUGCAAUUAAUGCGCAAUUUAUGGAGACGUUUAUUACAUUCAACAGCUAUUUCUCCGUCGGUAGCAGCUCUUUAUUCAGCAGCAUUAUCUUCUUGGUCUCUCCUACUGUCUACUGUAUCAAUUAGAAAUUCUUCUGCUAUAAUUCCUACCUUAGCAGAAUUGAGUACACUCUUAGACUCAACACAUCUAGAAGUGAGAAUGGCUACUGGUGAAUUAAUAACAGUUUUAUUAGAAAUGGCACGUGAAUGUGAAGACAUGGAUGAAUAUGAGCCAGAU